AAUGCUCAAACAACUAUUGGCUUUGACUUGCAUGCACAAAAAAGAUAAAAAUAAGCUUGCAAUAACUGCUGGAACCGCAGAAUGUUCGAACAGAUCUCCUCAAAAUUCACCGGGAUCUUCCUCUGAAGGCGCUGCAGACGAAUCUCUAAAUCAGAGUGUUGCUAUUCCGGAAGAAGCUCAUCUGAACACUUCACAGUUUAUUUCACUUCCCCUCUCCGACGUCUCAUUUGAAGCCGCUGCAUCUCAAAAUCGAGCUACACCGAUUGAUUUUGGUACACGAGAAGUGAAAGAAGAUGACGAUGUUCUCAGUGACACUGGUCGUCGUCGAAGCGUUAACUUAAUAACGCCUUCUCCUAUUCCAGAAGAAACCGAGGAUAACUUAACAGAAACGCCUAUUCCUGUAGUUGAACACAUUCCAAGAAGUGCAAUUUUUGAACCUUUCAAUCACGAAAAUUCUCCUUUGUUCUCCGUGAAGGCACGUAAGAAAGCUCAUGAAUACCGCUCCAACGAUUCAACUCUCAGUCCUUCAUCAUCUUCCAACAAUGACGACAGUAUCCGGAUUGACAGUAUCCGUGUCCGUUCAUCAAAAUCUGCAACGAAUAAUCAACUGAAAGGACGGCUUACACCAAUACUAGGAGGGUCCCUUCGCCCGAUUCCAAAAAAAAGGAACCGAGUCGCUUUCAACGGAAAUUCUACAUUUGUCGCACCGGAGAGACUAUGCUUGGAAGUUGAUAAAAUACAUCAAGAUCGUUUUCGCCUCCGUAAACGUGGAGAUACGUCCCGUCGAGAUGCAGUGGAAGCUGGAUUCGAACCGAGAGAUACUGUUCCACGAUGUCAUUCAACACAGUCGUUGAGAGAUGUUCAACGUGUUCGAUCAUACAACAAUUCACAGUUUCAGGCCAGUGAUCUUUCACUCAAUCCAAAUGGAAGUAUUCGUGCUGCUUGUGACAGUACAAGUGGAUCUGUCGCCCCAACAGCAGUUGUAAAUCCUGCCCGGAAUCAUGUCAUUUCACAUCGACAACAACAUCAUACAAGCUACGAGAAGGAUCUUAUUCCCCAUCAUAACAUUGAUGUGGAUCGUCGCCGUAGUUUGCAAGCUCUCAAUGGCUCAUCUGCUCUCUAUCAACUAAAUAAUGGCGGUUCACCGAAUGGAGUGAGAUCUCAAUUUUCACCUUCGGAUCUUUCUAUCCAUACACCAGUUCAUCAUGUUGGAAGUCGAGUUCGAGUGUCCAGUGUCAACCAGAUUUGCGAUUCGAACAGUGCUCCACAAUUCAGUAUCGAUCAACGCCGCAGUGUUCACAACAUUGGAAAUCCGGUUCGAAAUUCGUUUGUGGAUGGAAUAAAAACUACAUCGACUCCAAAAAAUCAGAUAGCAGUUGCUCCACUGGCUCACAAAAGUAGACAUUUGAGUGAAUCUCGAGAUGAGAUGCGUGGCGGUGCAGAACGACGUGGCAGUGGUGGUCAAAUGAAUUUACCAGCCUACACUAAUUAUCUUAUACGCCAUUCUGGAGAAGAGCGUCUUGUGGAUGGACCGGUCACUAAUGCCAGCGAUGCUCGGAUUGCUUAUCUUGAAAAACGAAUCCGAGAACUUGAACUGACACAAAAAGAACAGAGCUCUCAUUCAACACCAAGCCAGUCGAGACAUUCUUCGUCUAAAUCGUCUCAUUUCAAUGGAAGCAGUAACUUGUCUACAAGCGAACAACUCCGAUUGCAAGAAAUGAGCGAUGAGUUGGCGAACAAGGAUCGUAAAGUUACAUCUUUGGAAUCGAAGCUUCUGAAAGCUUAUCAAAGAAUUGAACGACUGAACGAGGAGUACGACGGAAAAAUAAAAAAUCUGAUGUAUGACAGUGAACGUGCUCGCGACGAUCUCACUCGAUGUGUUGAUAAGAUUCAGCAAUUGGAAAACGAACUUGAUGAGACACGAGCUGCAGUACAAAAUGGAGAUCAUGCAAAUGAACAGGAAUAUCAUGAGUUACGAGAUAAGAUCUGGAAACAAGAACGUGAACUUCAAGAGAGUCGUACGUUGCUUACUCGUUUGCGAGAAAAAGAAGCAGAAUUUGAGAGAAUGCGAUCAGAGAAAGGAUAUCUUGAGUUGAAGAAUGAGAAUCUCAACAAGAAAUUGGAAGCGAAAAAGCGAGCAGUUGAAGAACUCGAAAGAAGUGUUUCGACUCUUCGAUUGGAGCAAACUAUUUGCCAGCAAUCAUGCUCAUCUGGAUCAACACCGCUUGCUGAUGAGAUGGAGAUUAUGUCAGAUAUCCGACCAUCACUCGCCAGACCAUACACCAAGGCUCAUUCGACACUCGGGUCCCACAAUAUGUCACCACUAUCGCACUCAAAGUCCAGUGGAUUAACGAAGAGUUUUUCGAAUUUUGCGCUCAACUCAUCUAAACAGCGUGAUGAUAUCACCGCCAAUAUGAGCCGAUCGAUUCGUGAACAAAACCGUCACAUAACAAUGUGUAGAGCUAUGGUUGUUUGUCUGAAGGAUACGGUAGACCGAAUGGCACGUGGAGAGAAUCCUGAUGUUGCUCGUCUGCUCGGUGUCAAGUUGAAUGUGAUGUCUGAAAGUGAAAUGGAAGAUGAUGAAGAUCAUGAGGCUGAUGCAUCACAACCGUUUUCAAUGAUGUCUGCUGAAUCAGCGCUCUCGAAGCAAUGCGGAAAACUCGCUGAUCUCGAUAAAGACCUAGAUACAAUUCGCUGUCAACUCGCAGAUUGGCAUGGUCAAACAAAUGCAGAAGGAGAUGGUGAUCGUGAUGUAUGCAGAGUUCAAUAGAACAUUAUCUAUAUCUGAACAUCUUGUAUUUUAAUCAUGUUUUGCUCGUAAUCAAUUGUACCAUAGUUCUCAACACAUUUCAAUGUUCUUUUUUAAAUUUUAUUUGACUUCUUCUUGAUCCCAACUCCAUGAAUUAAUGACCGUGUAAGUACCCAAUCUACUCUCAGUCGUGUAAUUAAUACUGUCAAAUGCGUUUACUGUAUGACGAACGUGAUAUUAUCAAGAUACUCGUAGUGAAUUCACAUUUCUGUGCAUUUCAUGGCCAGGAUUUGAUGCGUCAUGAUUUUUCUUCCAGAACCGCAUUCAUCGAAACUUUCGAACCCAUUUCCCAUUACGCGGUAUCUCGUCCCCAUUCAUCCAUCAAAUGUUCCCCCGGACGUUGUUGUUUUACUAAUAAAGCUCGUCCCACAAGA